AUGGCCUCUCCCCGCAAGAGCGACCGAGCUGCACUGGCGCGUCACCACCAGCCGCAGUCGCCCUUUGCCCGCGCGCGAGAGCCCAGCUACGAAUUCGAUCUCGAUAAUUCACAUUUUCCUACACCUUCAAAACAGACCGGGUCGCGUCCCAGGCCCAGCUUCCGUACAGGCACACUUUCCGGCGCGUAUCGAGCCACUUCGCGCGCAAGUAUGUCCGACGACGCCGCUGGACUCGGUUUGACCACCAGCCCACGACAGACCCGAGAUUUUGUCACUGCGCGCUCGCCUUCGUCGGAUAUUUCCAACCCACCCGAAGAAUUAGUCGAUGUGUACAGGAGGAUUGAACAGGACGGAACACUGCCAGACUACGUGCCGAUGGACGAUUGGGAGGCUCCCUCGAUACGCGUCCCGCAGGCGAGCUUCGGCAAUGAAAACCCGCCACGCAGGAGAACCACCGACUAUGCUAGAGACGAACAGCGACUUCGACGUGUGACGGGCAAGGAUUCGCCGGUAUUCAGCAAAGCCAAGGUUGGGACUCGUGCUGCCCUUACAGCGGACAAUUUGCAACGAAGGGAGGAGGAAGAACACGUUAAAGUGUCAGAGGAGGAGGAUGGUGAACCUGGCCCAGCGUUGAACUUGCCGCGGACUUGGGGGACUCGCGCUGGACGCCGCUCCGAAUGGCUCAGGAACGUCAGCGGAAGCACCACGUCCGAGACACAAGAGAGGAGAGGAGAGCGAGCGCCCCUCGACGACGCCUCAAACACACGAAUAAAGGCAGAUGAGAACGCUCUUUCGGGAUAUUCUGCCCGCUCAUCCUCACGGACUGUCGAACGAGGCAGCCUUCCAGUCCGAAGCGCUCUUGGCGAACUAACAGCCAAUCUACAUGCCCGGGAAGUACUACAGGACAUGAAGGACGAGCUACAUAGUUGGGACCAGAACGCAUCACAAGGCGAAGGUGUCCACGUACCGAACACGCCUAUCGUGGUCUAUAAGAGCUCCGGCUUGACCAAGCCUAGCGCAGCAAAACGAGACUCGCAAGAUUUGCUCCGCAAGCUCGCGCGAACUGAGAGCCCGAAACUUGAACAAAUGCAGACACCGGAUCACCCGAAGCUUUUCGAACGAAGGAUUCACGACAAAACACCCCGAGUGACGGGUGCCUGGAUUGAUACCCCCAUGACCGAACGAGUGACGGAGCUUCCUCAGGAUUUGACGAAGGAUAUUGUCCUACCAUCAGUACCCGCAAAGGAACCCGAAGCUCCCAAACAAGAGCAAAAACCUGUUAAUGUUCAACUGCCUGUUAAAGAAAUAAAACCAGAGCUGGUUGCUUCGGAGCAGCCCGUCUCUGAAGCCCAGCCUGCUAAACGGAGCAGAGCGUCUGUGAUUCGACCAAAGCUACCAAAGAGUGGCCUCCAAACGGUCAUUGAGGACGUGAGCUCUGGCAAAGAAACACUUGACCUGGGAGACGAUACAAUUGAAUCCCUCCAAGCAAUUAUGGACGACCAGACAGAGCUCAAGACAGAAGAAGAGGAAGAAGCUGCCUAUGAACAGGAGGUGCUUAGGAGACUUGAGCUGGCCAAUGCGAAUGGGCAAGACUCGGUUGAUAUUGACCGCCUGAAUGAUAAACUUCAUUCACUCGUGAGAAAUAUCAGUGAAGUGAAGAAGGGCCUGAAUAGUCUGGAAGAGCACGUUAUCCGAGAUGCCGCUAUUGUGUCGCGGCCAAGCUCCCCCAAGAAAGCCGGUAAGCAGACACUGGAGUGGGACUCCAGUGAAAAUUGCGAGAAAUGCGUCCACGAUGAUGGCCGUGUAUACGCUGCGAUCCCACUUCCUCGCCUGUGGAAAUGGAAUCCUAAUUUACGGCGUCGUCAACUCACCAACUUGGGUUGGGUUGUAUUUAUCUCGCUCUCCUGGUAUAUCAUCGAAUGUCUGAUGUGGGAUCUGUAUGCCCAUCCUUUAAUCUCCGAGACAUGCGAGGGUUACUGCCUUCAAGCGGAUGCGCCUGAAUUUCCCUUUGUGACUGUCACGAUGCUUUGGCGCUGGUCCCAUCUGGAAUACCUUUUGGCACCUCUCGUCACAAUAUCCGUGGCCUGCUUCCGUCUAGUGGCACAGCUGCUGGGUCUAUGGGAUGGCUAUGUCGAGGAAUCGCCGCAGCUGGGCAAUAUUGUCGGCGAGAUUCGUGUCAAUGGUACGCCAGUCUCAUUCCCCUGGCUGACGUCUCCGGGGCAGACGGUUGCACCGUCACAGCCAUCUGCACCGCAACCACCUGUGUGGACCCCUCGCAAUGAAGUUCCGCGGAAUGAAGCCCCCAUACAGUGGGCCGACGACCAGGUGUCUAUGGACGAGGAUGAAUAUCUUUGA